AUGUCGGGCUUACCUCUUUUUACAGAUAUCGUAGACGAGAUUCAGUGCAGAGGCCUCCAAAGUGAAUGUCCACAAGGGAGACCACAGGCGCUGGACAGACUGCUUCUGUGGCAAACACAAGACCAACUUUUGGGGGUAGCGAUUGAACUGGAACGCAUGCCGCACAUAGUCACAGCCGGAAUCAAUUGUGUAUGGGCACCGUCAACGCAGGCUUUCAUUGUUUUGCUGGGCUACCAUAACAUCGAUGUGUCUGUCGGUCAUACGGAAGACGUGCCAACGGUGUGCAAGCGAGACCCGGAUGCAAGCGCGGAUCAGGCCCACAAGUUUACGCAACGAUUUAUCGCUAAACAUUAUACUCAACAGAGAAAAGUUGAUGAUCAAUCUGAGACUGUGGCUAUCACUCUCCUAAAUUUAACAGUCACACCUCAGACACCCUCAGCUCGUUACCUCGAUAUGCUGGAACAUCAAAGCGGUUACUCUGAAUGCCCCGUAGUCAAUGGUGCCCGCAACCCGGAAGCACCAAAACUGUUCCAAGUUUUCAACCAUCCACAGAUGCGGACAGAUGCACGGGUGGGCAAACGAGCAUUUGUCUAUGUAAUCGACACCUCUAGGCGGGGCAUGCGGAAGGCGCAUAAAUUCGAACAGCGCCUCAAAGUUCCUCGUGGUGGUGAAAAAGAGGCUCAAGAGGCAGGCUGGUCAGAACUUCGAGAAGGAGAUUAUCUUUUCAGCCGACCCAAGAUUUGGGCUCGCCAGAGAGGAAAUGUGGGACUCAGGAUUGCUGCACGGGACAUUCUCAAGCUAUUGGUCACUGGCAGGCGAACAAUGUCUGACCAAACAAUAACUUCCCUGGACGAAGCGCAACAGACGGUUCUUGGAUCACCAGAGACGCGCAACCGAACAGACACUGGAACGGCGUUUGAGCGCGAAGGCCAUGCAAGCAAGGUAGGCGACAAGACCGGCCGUGAGUAUACGGUUGGUGUAUCUUGCGAAGCACCGACUUCCAUCGUGGCGCCCACUGCAAAACCAAAGCUACAUGGUGUGGAUGAUGAAUUGGAUGCUGGGACGCAGAUGAGGCUGCAGAUACUCAGGGCAGCAAGUGCUGCAGUGGCAGAGUCCCAACGGCAGGCAACGGGCCAAAUACCCCAGGCUGUCAAUGAACAAGCUACUCGUCUCAAUCUGCCUCGCAUUGGCCAACACGGCAAAGGAUUACUAGGUCCUUUACAGCUCAACUUCGCGCCUGCGGAAUCAGCCGAUGCAGAUGCUGGUUUAGAAACCCUGAUGGGCGAGCGUUUCGGAGGCAAGCACGAAGACGGCCGGGACGAACCUGGCUGUUUCACAACGGUUGUUGUGAUGUCGGAAUACCCUGAUGGAUAUGAUCCAGGCCGCUUUUUUUUCCCCAUUGCGCAGGUAUAUGUGACUUGUGCAAAAUACACCUGCAUCAAUUUUUCCGGUCGUCACUACCAUGGGAGCUCCCCCAUCACUACAUCUGAUGGUAACCCCGACCCCGCUGCCAUCAGAUUCGUUGCGGUGGCAUACCCGCCAACUACCGCAUUCUCUGACUCUGCACGCUUCCCACUGGGUAUCCUUUAUGAUGGGUCGCGCUGGACUAUUGGGAAGGAAAUCAGGAAGGGCGAGCGAAUAUCGAUGUUGCCAAAUAAAGAGAAAUCAUCGGUCAGGGGAUCAGUAGAAAGCACCAAUACAGCUAAAACGUCAAGUAAAGGGUCACCGGAAGGGCGGCGGGGCACUACCUUCACCCGCGAAGGCUCCACGAUAAUGGCCCAGCAGGAACACGCUGACUUUAUUGUCCGUAACCUGGCCAGCCUAGCGGUCUUUAUCAUCAGGCAAUCGCCCGAACAUGCCGACUUUCAGUGUGAUAUAGAUGAGUUUGUUGGGUCUUUUAGUCAUGUCGUGGAUGGGGUGCGCGUGCGCUGCACACCCUGGAAGAAUGGGCCAGGUUGGCGCAACGGUGUUUUUCAGGAGGAGAGUCGAAACAAGCAGGAGCAGCGAUGGAAUCGCCACCGGCGCAGGCUGGCACAACACAUUCCCUCAAUGGUGGAUACCGGGAAGGUGGAACCUUUUAAUCCAGAAGAUGAGUCUGAUUGGGUUGAUGAAGAUUUUUCGGACGGAGAGUGGGUUGAAGAUCCAAAUGACACAUACACGCUUGCAGAAGAAAUGAGAGACGAGGAUAUAGAGAUGGCUGAGAUCGCCGACGCUCUCCUCGAUGAUGUCUCCACUGGCGAUGAAAGAGACUUGUUAGCGUCCCAGCUGGAGCUGGACAGUGAUGCCGAUUCGGGCGAGUCUGAGAUGGACACGGGAGAAGAUUUCAGCUCGUCUGAUGACAAUGUAGCCGAAGCAGGAGACGAAGGCUCUUAUGGCUCCGAGGAAGAGGGGGCUUUGGAUGACUUGCGAAACAGGCCGGUCAAAACUACUGGUAUGGUUAUUCUUGCUUUAUUUUGUCACGCGACUGCACCCGCACCGUCCAGCCUCGCGCCUGGUCAUGUUCCCUUGUAUCCCCAGGCUAAGAAGGCAUGUGCCAAACGCGCAGAGUAUCCAGUAAUUGCCAAGCUGACACUUGCGGUCCUUGAAGAUGAGCUACUGCAAGUUGAGGCCUGUGCCUUGUCCAUCUGGUCAUCUAUUUCAACGCCUGGCGGUGCUCAUCAAAUACAGACAUCGCCGGUUCACCUCGAUAUGGCUGCGCAGCGUACUUAUUUGGAAGAUGUCCACUCGUUAAUGAAUACGCCAGGCGCAGAGAGGAACUUAUCUACUGCAGUCCAACUCUUUGCGCAGUUCCGUAAUCUAGACAUUGCGGAGGCCCAGACAACUAUUGAUGUUCGCAAAACCCGUGCCAAUCUAAUGCUUGGAAAUUGUGCCCUGUGGACUUGGCUAGAUUGCUGGAUCCCAGAGCAAUGCCGCGGAAUGAACGCUAGUUCUUUUCGGUUUGAUGGGAGUACAGGGCGACUGGAAGGGGAGGGUUGGCUCCAGUCUCUCUUUUUCGAUGCAUGCCGCAUGAUUUUCAUCAGAAAUACCGAGCCUCGAUCCUUUUCGACAACCGAAUAUGCGGUCGACCUCCCUCCUGCUGUUUGCCGCCUUGCGUCGCGGGUGGUUCCUUUUCAUCCUAGCCCUAAGCAGUCUGAAGAAAUAGCUAUACGAAUCACACAGGAUGUCAUGGCUGGGUGGCUGGGAAUGUCAGAUUCCACCCGUCGCUGGCCAGCAUGGUUUGUGAGCGCGCUAUUGGAGACUUUCAAUCCAAAGGUGUUAUAUUUGGACUAUAUCUGGAAGGCCCAUGAAACAAUGAAGCGAGGCAGCCUUCUCAAGCAACAUAGUCGAUCUCCUGAUUAUACGCAAAUGGAGCCUUUCAAGGCAGUACUGCGAACUCACUCUUUACACGAUGUUUCUUCCUGGGAGUCUUCAUUGACUCACCGCAUUGGGCAACUCGUUGAAGCGGACUCAAUAUUAAAUGCACAGAAUCUUUUGGCCCAUGCCCCAUCUUUAAAUCAUUCAACGCCUCUCCCUUCAGCUAUCACUGAAAUCCGAGAACAACGUCUUAGAGCCUUUGCAGAUUUCAUCACCCAGUCGCUUCAAGUCUUCUAUUACAAAGUGGAAGCUCCAACUUUCUCUCAAAACCAACAAGGAAUGAACUAUCGUAUCAACAACUCUCAAAUUACCAAGUUGCAGCAAGCAAUACUCAAAGAUCUGGACUUCCUUCUGCCCUUUCGCGAGCAUACCCCCUGGAGGCUCAGGCAAAAGGGCAAGGAAGGUCCAUUUGAUGCAGGGGUAUUGGCAGACCCAGCGGCCCUUUUUAGUGCUGUUGUUGGGAGAGUGAUUACUUUCAGGACAGAGUUUGGGAGGCAGGAACCCAUGUUUUUCAAGGGUCUUAUGGGGUGGAGAGAAACCAUUGAGGGGAUUCAUGACGAGAGCUAUAUCUGCAACCCUCAAGCCUACGGACAAAGCAAUCCCAGGCGCAACAUUGCGCUCGCCGCCCAGCUAUGGAAAGGAGCAGAGGGAUGUGACUGGCCUCUGUUUGCGAGCCGGAGUCAUGACUUCUGGGAAAUCUAUGACUUUUUGCGAACUCCAGGAAUGUCCCCGCCUCGUUUUCCCCAACUGGGGGAUCUUACCGCAUAUUUGCUCGCUGCUGACUAUGCCUAUACGUCCGUUGCUCAGAAACCGAGCCUUCAUACAAUUGCAAAAUGCAUAACCAGCAUUAACCGUGGUGCUGCGGCAGGAUUGGAGUUGCUGGGUUACAUUCCGGAGCGUGCUCUCCGAGCCGAUGAUCAUGAUAAGUAUGAUAAGUUCUCUUCCCCCGACCUCGAGACCAAACCGCCGCUUUAUUUGGAUGCAUCGUGUUCACUAAAGUUGUAUUAUCGGGCGAAAUGCGCGGAAGUUCGACUUGAGGAAGGUUGCUGGAAACUUAUGUCACGGUGCUGCCAAGUCCGAGUCAAGCUCAGGACGGCAACGACAAUAUGCGAGAGAUCAGCUACAUCUGACUCGACUGACGGUAGUCACACGGAGUCGGAGUCCAAGGCUCACUGCCAGCUGAGGUGUGGGCGGUCGUUUUCGCAAACCAAUAACUUCAACAAUCAUCUGCGUUCUUGCAAGGUGGUGAAGAACCGUGUGGCCAGAGGUCUUACGAAGGCUAAAGAACUCUGGGAGAUUCGAAAACAGCAGCGUAGACAAAAGACAGCUGUCGAAACCCAGGGUUGUACCACACUUCUACAUGACAGCCACAAAACGGAAACGAGCGAGAACUUCCAGCAUGCCCUAGGCGACAACUCUGUUGUAUCUAAUGUUGAUGUUGUGCCUUCUGACAUGCCUAUUGCACUUCGAAAGGGUGCACGCAGAGAUGUCCCGCAGCCAGCACGCUAUCGUGAUAUCUUGCCUUGCCCAGCUCCCUCCCUUCCGCCCCAUGAUCUCAGAAGGUCCUCGGAGCAUUCUGAUCCCUUUGAGGUGGGGGCAAGCAAAAGCCACGUUCAAACAUCUAUGUCACAGCUUAUCCUGCGUUCACCUAGCAAUAUUUUUGGCCUUGUUCGUGAGUAUGUUGGGGGCGAAUUCCCUCAACACGACCCAGAAGAACAUGUCCAAUUUGAAGAUCUUUGCACUCGCAUCCCCGAAACAUUGUCACCUUUGCCUCCUGGGGCAGCAGCACCCCCACAGGACUUCUUUCCAUAUCCAAAUUACAGUUCUUUUCGUCUCGGUGAUUGGUAUUGGAAUGAUGGAACUCAGAAAACUCAGGCUACAUUCCAGAACCUCGUCCGUAUAAUCGCGGACCCUCAGUUUGUACCAGCCGAUAUCCUUCACAACAAGUGGGAUCAUAUCAAUGCUGUUCUAGGGGAAAACCAAGCUGACGACGAUGAAGACUGGGUGGAUGCUGCUGAUGAAGGGUGGCGUGUGUCACAGAUUAAGAUCAGUGUGCCUUUUCACACUGGGGCGACACACCCUGGUGCAAGGAUAUACGAAGGUGUUCAGUUGUAUCAUCGUUCACUGGUUGCCGUAAUGAAGGAACGAGUCUCCGAUCCCCAUUACUUCUGUCAUUUUCACAUUGAACCGUACAAGCUCCUAUGGCAGACACGCACAGGUUCGGGUAAGAAAGAAAGCUGUGUAUACGGCGAGGUAUACACCUCACGGGCCUUUCUUCGGGCUCACACAGAGCUCCUUAGCUCUCCGCGUGAGGAGGGCUGCGAGUUGCCUCGCGCCAUAUGUGCAUUCAUGUUUUGGUCAGAUGCUACACACCUCACAUCUUUCGGUAACACAAAACUCUGGCCUGUAUACGUAUACUUCGGUAACGAGUCCAAAUAUCGUCGUGGAAAACCAAGCUUCAAAUCCUGCAACCAUGUUGCAUACCUCGAGAAGCUACCCCCUUCCUUUAAUGACUUUGCUUCAAAGUUUACCGGUGGGAAAGGACCGACAAGUCAAUUCUACACACAUUGUGGGCGGGAAUUCUUCCACGAACAGAUGAAAGCUCUCAUCGAUGAUGAAUUUGUUUAUGCAUGGGAGCAUGGGAUUGUUAUCAGAUGUGGCGACGGUAUCUCUCGACGGUUUUAUCCGCGGAUCUUCACAUAUUCCGCAGAUUAUCCAGAAAAGAUCCUUUUAGCUAGUAUUCGCGACAAAGGAGCCUGCCCUUGCCCGCGUUGCCUAGUCCCUAAGAUGGAGAUUAGCAAGUUGGGAUCUACAGAAGAUCGUCAAAAAAGGAAGUCUUCAGCAAGAGUGGAUGACGUGGGGCGGCGCCGCAACGUUGCCAAGGCGAGGAAUCUGAUCUACAAAGAAAACAAUAGGGUAAAUGGUGCCACUGUAGAAAGGAUUUUAAAAGAGGCGUCUUUGGUCCCCAACCAAAGUAUUGAACGCAAAUGUAAAAGAUAUCGACAAAUCCCAACCUUCGGCAAGGGCACCAUUCGAAAGUUUUAUUCCAACACUUCUCAAAUGAAGAAGUUGGCCGCUCGCGACUUUGAGGAUAUUUUGCAAUGUGCAUUACCCGUGUUUGAUGGCUUGCUGACUGGCGACAAUCAAACUUCAGUCAUGCGCUUAUUAUUCAUUUGCGCUCACUGGCAUGGACUUGCUAAACUUCGCAUGCACUCCGACCCAACACUUCAGCUGCUUGAUGAUCUGACAACUGAAAUUGGAAGCUCGUUACGUGAGUUUUCAAGCAUUGUUUGCCCCUCCUACAAAACUCGCGAACUCCCUCGUGAACUGGAGGCACGACAUCGCAGAGCUGCCAAACAGUCAAAAGCUGAUGAUGUCGCCGCACGAGGUGUUGAUCUAAGCAAUGCAGGCCAAACUGGACCACGUAUCAAAAAGUAUAACAUAGACACCUACAAGCACCACUCGCUUGGAGACUACGUCAAUGAAAUUCGAGAAAGAGGGACAACAGAUUCGUAUAGCACUGAGCCCGGAGAAUUGGAACACCGAACUCCGAAGGCGAGGUAUCGAAGGACCGACAAAAAGCUUUUUAUCAAGCAAUUGACACAGAUUGAACGGCGCCAAACCCGUUUGCGGCGCCUCAGAAGAAAUUACUUUCCAACUUCACCCCUAUCUCACAGUAAUAAGGAGAGAUUGAACGGAUCGGCCAAGGAUCACCAUCACAUAGGAAAAUCCGAAGCUCUCUAUGAAGAUAUUGGCUCGUUUCUUCGGACUCGUGAUGAUGACCCUGCCACAAAGGCUGCUAGAGUGCCAUCCGAUCUGGCCUAUCUGAAUCAAGUUCAAGCUCCCCUGCACACUGUAGAACCCCAGACGCUCGACAAUGUGCUUUUCAAGUUUAAUCGCCUCUACUUUCACAAUACCAUGUGCGUCAAUUACACAACAUAUGACAUUCGCCGGGCUCAAGACACCAUCAACGUGAACACUGAGCGCCGAGAUAUAAUGGUUUUGUCAAAGAGUGACAGUUCUGGUACUGAUGAUUCUGAUGAGUCAUUGGCCUUCAUAUACGCAAGGGUUUUGGGGAUUUGUCAUGUCAAUGUGGUCCAAACUGGUGCCGCAACGCCAGACUACACUCCUCAAAGAUUCAACUUCUUACUAGAACACGUCUCGUUUCCACCCAUGGCUGAUGAAUCUUCGUUCGGGUUCCUAGAUCCUAAUGAUGUCGUUCGGGCAUGUCACGUCAUUCCAGCGUUUUCGCUUGGGGUACGGUAUCCUGACAGCCAGGGUCUCUCGGUCUGCGCCCGAGAUUCUACAGACUUUUGCCAAUAUUAUAUUGGCCGAUUUGCAGAUCGGGAUAUGUUGAUGCGCUAUCAUGUUGGCCUCGGAAUUGGCCAUGUCGGCAGUAACAAUGGGGUCCUCCAUUCACAUGUCAUUGGGAGCGAGGCUGGCCAUAACUCAAACUUAGAGGUUGUUGAGAACAUGGACCAUCAACCUCACAGUCUGGAGUCGGGUGAUGAAGUUGAAGUCGAGGACCAGCUGGCAAAUUCUGACCAUCAUGAUGACUCUUCAAACAAUGAUUCGGAGGAUGAUCUUGACGAUGGGUAUGGAUCAGAUGAUGAUUAUGAUACGUCUCAUGCUAGGGACUCAGACCCCGGUUCAGAAUCUUUUGGCUCUGAGUCAGAGUAUGAUGACUAG